CCCUGAGAGGGAAGAACCAGCUGGCUCCUGGAAACACACAGAGCACGCAGAGCUCCCCCACACCUUCAGAUUCGCACCUUGCUGCCCGGGAGCUUCCUGCUUCCUUCCCAGUCCGCUAUGGCGGGUUCCAAUAGCAGUGCGGGCAUCCGGUGGUCCAGACAGGAGACGCGAACUCUUCUCUCCAUACUAGGCGAGGCAGAGUAUAUUCAGCGUCUCCAGACUGUGCAUCAUAAUGCAGAUGUCUAUCAGGCCGUGUCUAAGCGAAUGCAGCAGGAAGGCUUCCGCCGCACCGAACGUCAGUGCCGCUCCAAGUUUAAAGUCCUGAAGGCGUUAUAUUUAAAGGCGUAUGUUGCCCAUGCCACGAGUGUGGGUGAUCCACCGCACUGUCCAUUUUAUGAUACAUUGGAUCAACUUCUCCGAAAUCAGAUAGUGACUGACUCAGACAACUUAAUGGAGGACACUGCUUGGGCCAAGCACUGUGAUCAGAAUUUAGUGGCCUCUGACACCCCAGGGGACGAGGGACCCAGCAUUCUCAGAACCAAAAGGACUCAGGCAGCAGAUCAUCAGCCUAUCUUGAAAACAGUUAAGGAAUCAGAUGAGGAUUGUCAACUGAGAAUCAGUGACCAGAUGCGAGAAACCAGUGACCUUGAGGACUCCUGGGAUGAAUCCUCGGGUGCAGGGUGCUCUCAAGGGACCCCCAGCUACAGCAGCUCCCACCACCUUUUCAGAGGUGCGAUUGCUCCCUGUCAGAGCAGCCCCAUGACCCGACUGGGUGUGUCCGGUGAGCCCAGUCCAUGCAGCAGCACCAGCCGAAACACUCCUGGGGUGGCCUCCGCACCGCAGCCUCCGGUCUCCUCCUCCACAGUUCCUUUUGUUUCUGGUGGGGAUAGGCUUUUGACUGGUGAGCCCCCUCCACGGUGGGCGAGGCGAAGAAGGCGGUCAGUGGCCAGGACUAUUGCGGCCGAGUUGGCAGAAAACAGGAGGUUGGCUCGAGAACUUUCAAAGCGUGAGGAAGAGAAAUUGGACAGGCUGAUUGCUAUUGGUGAGGAGGCCAGUGCUCAGCAAGACACUGCCAACGAGCUCCGCAGGGAUGCCGUGGUGGCGGUCAGACGCUUGGCCACGGCGGUGGAAGAGGCCACCGGUGCUUUUCAGCUAGGGCUCGAAAAAUUGCUUCAGAGGUUAAUUUCAAAUACCAAAAGUUAGACGUUGAUCACAAAGACCCUGUGUCUUAAACUGGUAGAAGCCCAGUUCCAACAUCUGCCUUUUGGUACGCCUGGCUCCUUUUACAUGUCCUUAGGAAUAAAGGAAAGAAAGAGUGGAUGAACCAUUAACAUGCAGAGUAGCGGAAAUAUACGUGCCAGUUGCUUUUUCCAAGCUUCUCCACGGAUUGGAAGACCUCACGGGUAUGUGAGGAGUGGUCUGACAGGACAGAUGGAGCCGAGACCAGGGAGGUGGUUAGCCGUGGCCUCGCCAUGAAAGUGGGGCAGUUUAGUUUACCUCAACACCAGUUUCCUCAUCUGUAAAAUGGGGACAAGGUAAUAAUUCCUGACCUGCCUACCUCACAGGGUUGUUGUGAGGACCAAAUGGCUAGUAGAUGUGAAAGGGUUUGAAAGUUUAAAAGCACUACAUACUAUAUACAUAUACGUUAUUAAUGCAUAUGACCUUGGCUGAGGUAAGCCUAGGGUGAGGCACAUUAGUUGACAAGAUAAAGAAUUAUAGUGUCUGCCAUGACCUCAUUGCUGGAAUCUUUUACCAGUUUAACUUGACAGCUUCUUAGAAGUUUAAGGUUUCCAUUUUUUUAAAUCCCUCUAUGGCUCAUUAGACUAAUGUAGAUACAUGUGUUUGUACCUUUAUCUCAUAUUUUCACUGCUGUGUCUAUGACAUACUAGUAAGCACUCAGUGGUCAAACCAGCUUUCCUUCCCUUUCACUAGUUUUCAGUGUCUUAUCACUCUAAGGAUAUAAUUCAGAACUGACAGGGAGCUGCAGUUGUGUGUUAUGAUUCCUAUAAUCUCCAAUAUAACGAGGUAUUGGCUGUUCUAUAAAAUAUUAAAUGUACGUAAAUUCUUUGCAUUCCAUAUUAUCUGGGUCCCCUAAUAUGCCUAAGUACAUGUCUUUAGGUCUAGGGUGUCACUUGGAACAACAUGUGGAAACAAUUUGGAAUUUGUUUCCCAAGUGCUUUUAGCCAAUUUCAUUCUGUUUGCCUUUUUUUCUGUUUAGUAUGUUACAGAGGCAAGCCCUAGAAGACUUUGCUUCUGGGGAACUUUGCAAAGUCACUCUUUCUACAAUGUAGACAGAAGUUCACCUUGUUAGUGGCAUAUGGUGGAAGAGGACUGCUUUGGGAACAGCUGAGGGUGAUGUGGAUAAAGACGGCCUGCAGUAAAUAGCUCCUUUUAAGCACAAAUCCCUCAAUAAAUCCAUCCUCCUUUCCCCCAAAAUGUACACACUUCCUUUAGGAAAAAGGAAGAUGGAGAGCCCUACUUGUGAUCUCUUUAGAAAGAAUCCCAUUGGCUGUCAUUCAGCUAACAAGCUUCAAAGCUUUUAAGUGGUUUACUUAGUACUUUCGGGAAAUACAAAUAGGAGCCUUGGAGUUUAAAAGGCUUUCCUCCAGUCUACAGGUUGAAAAAAACAAGUGCAGGCAUGUUCGAAGAAGUUUUGUUCUGUUUUGUAGGCUUGGGUGCCUACCUACAUGCCAGAGACGCAGAUGGGUGGGGAGAGAGUCCAAACGACAGUGGGAGUAUAGCUGGAGCGUGACCGAACGGCAGGCAGGCUGCGCCAGUGGCCGGUGGUGACCGUAGAAGGCACUGGAUUCUAACCCUGUCCCAGUUGGCAACCUUGGGCAGCUGGCUUGCCCUUUUUAUGCCUCAAUUUCUUUAAAGUGAUUUGGACUAGAAGACUUUUCUAGUACCUUCUAGUUCUAAAAAAAAAAAAAAAAAAAAAUCUCUGAUAAAUGGCAUAACAAAAAAAGACAAAGUAAAGAUUUAAUUGUAAUAUUUUCAGUCGCGGUGGCAUAUUGUAUGUUUGAAUUACUGUUAACAGUUAUACUUUAAGAGAGCAUUCUAUGGCAUUGAUAUUUAUUAAUAUGCUCAACUUACGUAAGCACCACACCAGACAUAGGUUCCUUGCUUUAAAGAAGCCUAUAUUAAGGCAGUAAAAUGGAUAUGUAUGGCUGUGCAUUUUCUCAAUUGUUUUAGGCCUUUGUAUGGAGGAAUAUGUGUCUGAUUUAACUGGAUAACACUAACAUAAGUACGUAGACUUUGGAAAAACAGGGAAGUAUGCGAGGGAGGGUUAGGCCUGCACUACAUUAACCUAUUAAUGGUGGCAAGUACAUAGGGGUUUAUUUGACAGAAGUGCUGCAGAACAGAAGUGGAAUUAAACUUGGGAGGUAAUACUGUGAAAGUCUUUUGGGUGAAAUAACUGUAAUGUAAGAAAAUUAAAAGGAAAGUUCUUAAUGAAAGAAAAAAUACUGCUAAGGGGAGGCCAUUCUCAUUGAGAGGGAACAAGCUCAGAAACCCUCCCUAGGCUCUAGGCCCCGCCAUUUGUGCCUGCCCGUCCUGAGGCAGGUCACUUUCCUCGCUCUGUGACUCCACCCACAGAGGGAGAAACAAAUCACACUCCUGCCUACCUCACAGAGAUGUGGUGAGGGCCAGAUGAACAGAUGAAUGUAAAAACGCUGCCAGACAUAGAAGGCACUGUCUUGUGACAGUGAUGGGGAAGACCACCCUGGAGCACAUUGGUGCGGCUGCGUGCCAGCUCCGACAGUCUGCUGUCGUGCAAGAGACAUUUAAGGAAGCGAGGAAGAGAAAGCGGCCAUGCUUGUAAAGGUUGUGGUACAACGGUGGGGUUAACACUCUGCCUCCUGAAGACCGUGAUGUAAAUGAGGUGCUGUGUACGCCAAUCUCCUGCCACCCUCUGUGUUUCUGUUAAGUGAUUUAAUCCUGGUGUGGAUAAAUAAAGUUUUUACUUGUAUGUA